GAGCCGGGGCAGCUGCGGCGCGGCCGGACUCGCCCUGGGCCCGCACUCGUCCCCGGGUCGCAGUCCCUGCCCCCCCCGGACCUGCCCGGGGGCUGUCCCUGUCCCGGUCCCGGCCCCGCUCACGCACGGCCCGGCGGCUGCGGGCGCCCCCUGUGGGCGAGGCGCCCGGGAAGGGCGGCCCCGGCGCAGCCUCGCCCUCGCCCACAGCGGCACCGGCGCUCCGGCAGCCGCUGCCCCACAGCUCCGUAUCGCCCGGAAACGGUAGCGCCGCCGCGGAGCUGGGGCUUCCCCUCCGCAGCCAUGAGCGGGCUGGGGGCCGCCGCGGAGCCGGCGGGCUGGCGGCGGGACAGCGAGUUCUGGCUGCCCGCGGACGUUCCCGCCGCCGCACCUGCGGGCUUCCUGCAGCAGCUGCCCAGCUACCAGUCCGCGCUGAGGCGCCGCGCCGGGGGCAGCCAGCAGCGGCGGGCGGGCGCGCAGGGCUCCGCGGGGCAGAGCGCGGCCGAGCCCCGGGGGCCGGAGCAACAGGGACGCGAACCGGAGGCUCGACCGGCGAGGGAACAGCCCCUGAGCAUCGCGGAGAAGAGGAGACUCAGGGACUGUCAGCAAGCUGAUGUAAAAUAUUUAUCUGGAUGGAAACAGUGGAAAAGAACAAGCAGUAAAUCAUUGAGAAAAGUCCUCAAUGAAGCCAAGGAGUUGUCCUCUCACCUAGAGCUCUGGCGACAUGAUAUUCACAGCAUUGAAGGGAAGUUUGGCACUGGCAUCCAGUCUUACUUCUCCUUCCUGCGUUUUCUGGUCCUGCUGAAUUUUAUCAUUUUUAUCCUGAUGUUCAGUUUUGUCACCCUUCCCAGCAUCAUUUCUAAAUACGGAAUAUUCAACAGUAGCGUUGCUAAAGUUCCUCCAAAGAACACAGAGCCUCACUGCACAGUUUAUAAACCUAGUAGUAAUGAGGGACUUGUUUACUUCUAUACUUACCUCAAAGAUUUGCUCAGCGGCACUGGGUUCCUUGAAGUGACAAGUUUGUUUUAUGGCUAUUACACAAUAGAUGCUGCGUGGCUCAGUGUCCUGAACUACAACCUGCCACUGGCGUACUUGCUAGCUACAUUUGCCUACCUUGCAUUAAGUCUCAUCUGGAUAAUAAAAAGAUCUGUGAACGGAUUUAAGCACAACUUGGUGCAUGGUGAAGAUCAAUUUCAGAGUUACUGUAACAAAGUCUUUGCAGGCUGGGACUUCUGCAUUACAGAUCCAAAUGCAGCACAGCUAAAACAUCGUAGCUUGCUCUAUGAGCUCCAAACAGACUUGGAGGAAGAAAGACUGAAGCAAAAAAUAGCAGACAGGACAAUGAAAGAAAAACUACGCAUCUACUCUCUGAGAAUAUGUAUAAAUAUAAUUGUCAUUGCAGUUUUAUCAGGAUGUUUUUACUCCAUUUAUAGAGCAACUGUCUUCUCUCAAGAAAACUCCAACGAUGUCAGCAACACGAACUUCCAGGCUAAUCUCUUAGUGCAGUAUUUGCCUUCCAUAGUGAUCACAUUGGCCAACUUCAUUGCCCCUCAGAUCUUCUCGUUUCUGAUCACAUUUGAAGAUUAUUCACCAGCCUUUGAAAUCAGGCUGACGCUGAUGAGGUGUGUCUUUGUGCGGUUGGCCAAUAUCGGCGUUCUCCUGUUCUCGCUGUGGAGCCAUAUCUCCGACUGUGCCACCGACGAGUGCAAGGCCUGUGGAUACAAUUACGAACUUUAUCCCUGCUGGGAAUCUGAAGUUGGACAAGAAAUGUAUAAACUGACAAUAUUUGAUUUUAUUAUAAUUCUGGCUGUGACCUUGUUUUUGGACUUUCCUAGGAAGUUGUUAGUUACUCAUUGCUCUUGCAAGCCAGUUCAGUGGUGUGGAUUGCGGGUAUUUGGAAUUUCUGACAACGUCCUGGAAAUCAUUUACGGGCAGACUAUCUGCUGGAUCGGAACCUUCUUUUCACCGCUCCUCCCCGCAAUAGCGACUAUAAAGUAUUUCAUCAUCUUUUACAUUAAAAAGAUCAGUUUGAUGCACACGUGCAAACCUGCAGCUCGGCCUCUCAGAGCGUCAAGCUCCAAUUUUUUCUUCUUGGUGGUGCUGUUGAUUGGGCUCGUCUUGGCUUUUAUUCCUUUGGGAAUCAGCAUAGCACAUAUCUCCUCCUCCAAGGCCUGUGGGCCGUUCAGGAGUUUUAACACAUCCUGGGCAGUCAUUCCAGACACAGUGAGUGGGUUUCCGACAGCUCUGCAGCAGGUCCUUCACGGAAUAGCCUCAGAAGCCUUUGCUGUGCCUUUUUUUAUGGUCAUUUGCCUCGUUAUGUUCUACUUUAUUGCCUUGGCUAGAGCACACAAACGAGUGGUCGAGCAGCUGAGGGAGCAACUGGUUAUGGAGAGUCGUGACAAGCUGUUUCUAAUCAGAAAGAUAACAGAAGCGCAGAGGCACCCUUAGAAACCACAAAAAGGCAGAAGAACUUCAUUUCUGAAACUCCCAGAACCACUAGAUAAGGGUAGAACCAUCUGCAGCACCUAAAACCCGAGCAGCCGAGGGGCACCCCGGCCCUGCUGUCUGUGAUGGGUGCAUCCCCAUGAUGCCAGUGGGCCUAAAGUCUCCAAGACUGGAAAUGUAGCUAAUUUGUAGUGUGUUAGACGUGUGCAAAAAAUUGUACGGUAGGACAACUCAUUGCUGCUACAGUUUCAGGGUUCUUGGGGUUUGUUAUGUCCCUGUUUUUUCAGGGGUUUUGGGUAAAGUGUGAUCAGAACUGAAAUGCUGUUGAAGAGCUUUGUACUGUAUUUAUAAACUAUGCUUUAAGAAUGGGAGGGGGGAAAGGUGUGGCUUUACGUUUUCAACUCGCUUCUGAAACCAAAGUCAAAGAGAGAUGUACGUAUUAUGAAAUAGUGGGUAAGAGAAAAAAAUGCGCGUUUGAAAUCAGUUUUGUAAAUAUUUUGUAGAGAAGCUACUUUGAUACUCGUGUUGCUCUGAAACCACAGAUGCAGCUGAACACUGGGUAACUUCGCAGAGUGGUUCAGGGGAAACAAUGGAUGAAAGAGCUUGAACAAACGCCGGCCGCAGGAAGACGCCGCCCGCGGCCGGGUCAGCGCGGGUCUGUCGGGGGAAGCCGUUGCUGCUCCCCCUUUUGAUUUUCAGACGUCUUAAGGCAUUAUUAGCUGUGGUUUAUUCUCAUGCAAACGUUCUGAAUGCUGUUCUCUUUGUUCUAAAAUGUGAGUUUUGAAAUAUAGCGUUCAGAAACUUGUUUGUCAGCAGCCUUUGAGUUCGUGUUUCGUGUCGCUUGGACGGAGCGAUGGAGCUGUGACUGGGAGGGAGCAGCGGCUCUGAGUAGUCUGCUGACUGUUCCCUUCAUUCAGACGUUAUGCUUAAGGAUUUUCUGUACAGAAUUGUGUUUUAUUACUUGAAAUUUGCAACAGUGCUCUGUUAGUUAAUGUGAUGCACUGUAAUUCUUAUGUAACGUUUUGGAAUGUUUUCUGCCUUAAUUUUACAGAAAUGAACAUUCAAUAAAUGAAUUAAAAAGAAUAA